UUGAACGAUAUGUAGAUGGCAUUAUAUAACGAAAGAUCCAAAACUUGUCCACAUUGUAGAGAAAGGACUACAUUCAAUAAGAUUCAUAGAAUAUAUUUUAAUUUUGCCAAUAAUGAUGCUAUUAGUGAAGAUACAUACUCUUUACAAGACAAAAUUGAUAAAUUGAAUUUUCAACUUAUGUUAAAAGAGAAAGAUAUUAAACAUUAUACAGAAAAGAUUGAAACAUUAGAAAAACAAAAAAAAGGAUUAAAACAAGAAGUAGGAAAAACAGAGAAAGAAAUAAAAGAGAAAACUAGUACUAUUUAUGCUCUCAAAGAACAAAUUAAAUAUUUUAAAGAGCAAAAUUUAGAAAUAGAAAAAAUAAGAAAAGAAAUGGAACAGUUACAAAAAAAUGUUGAAAAUUAUAAAAAUAUAAAAAUCUUACUUGAAGCUUCAAUAGAAGAUGUAGAUGAGAUGAUAUCAAGAACAAAUGAUCCUAGUACAUUGAUUACAUAUAUAUCUGUGAUGAAAAGACAAAUGACAAUUAGUUUAAAUAAAAGAAGAGAAUUAAGAAGUAAUCUAAAAAGUUUACAACAAGAACUUACUAAAGUCUCAAUGGAACGAAAUUCCUUGUCUCAGGAACAUAGCAAGAGAAUGAAACUCGAAGAAGAUAUAAUGGUUUGUGAAACUGAAAAAAUUUGUUUGCAAAAUAAGCUUGCAAAAAUGGAAGAAGAAAUAUCUUUAAUGAAAAAAUCAAUAAAUUCUAAUUCAAAAAUCGAAAAUAUUUUAAUUAAUAAUUCAAACAAUGAUAUUAAACAAGAUAAAAUUGAAGAUAUAAAUAAUAAAAUAAAAAGUAAAGAAGAAGAUGUAAAUUCAAAAGAGGAAAAUCAGUCUAUUACUAAAAUUGAGAUAGAUUCCCCAUAUCUUCCAGUAAAAUCAAGAGGAGUAUUUACUUUAAAGCAACAUACAUUUCAGAAAAAUAGUACAAUAAAAUUAAAUUCUUCAAUUCUUACAAAAAAACCAAGAAUUCAAGAAACGUACACUAAAAAUGAAAAUAUAGAAAUUAAUAAUAUUGUGUAUAAUGGUUUGGGAGGACAUUCAAAAAUUGAACAAUUUCCUCAUCCUUCUAGAAGCAAAACAAAGAAAAUAAUAGAUACUGGAA